CAGAUUACAAGAUGAAAGUAGGAGGCGUGUGCGGAAUAUUUAUGUUUCUAUUUGUCUCUAUUUCUAGAGCUGGAAAAUACUCUGAAGAUGUCAAUAAACCGUUGACGGAAUCUAAGAAACCAUUUAGAAUGAACAAAGUGAAUAUGAUUUGGAAUAAAGCCCAGAAACGACUAUCCAGGCCCCGCCUGGCAGACCUGUAUGCUGACCUCACUAUCCAGGAUAAAGUGGAGAGGGAACUGAAGAAACUCAAGGCUGAAGACCGUGAUAAAGAUGGAAUGAAGGAAGCAGAGGUCCGACAGAGACUGUUGGAAAUUAUAAACAGAUAUGGGCUCCAAGAUGUUAUAUCUGUCCCUCCUAGUCCAACGUUCUCUAAUGAAAUUCCACAAGAAUUCCACGAUAAGAAACUCCAAAAAAUGUGGAAGAAAGCUGAAUUGAGUGGAUUUACAGAUGAGGAAUUAAAACAACUCAAAGAGGAGUUUUGGCAUCAGCAAAAUAAACUGGAUGAGUACAACAGUCUAAAGGAGGAAGGCUUUAAAUUUGAUGAUUUAAUGGACAAUAGUCUGGACCCUUAUCAAGACAAGACUUUUGAUAAGAUGUCUAAGACAGAAAGGCAGAUGGAGUUAAAGAGGAGAAACAAGGAUUUGAAUGACCAAUACCGUGACCUUCAUGAGAAUUUGGACAAGCCAGGUGAUGAAGAACUAGAGUUUACUGACCAUAGGGUUUACGAGUUAUGGGCACUAGCGAAGAAGGCAAACAUGUCCCACGAAGAGUUAGCAGAAUUUAAGAUGGAAUUGCAGCACUUCCAGCGUCGGAUCUCCAAGCAUGAUUAUUACCAGGACCAGCUGUCAUACACAGAGGAUCUACUCAAGGAUGACGUUAAACAGGGGGAAUUCCCUGAGAAACACGCUGAGAUUAAACAACGGGCACAGAAUAUGGAGAAAACCGUGCGUAAAUACCAUGUCCAUUUAAAAGACACAGUAGAAAAGGCUAUCAAUAAGAGGCAUACAGAGCUAUGAUCCUGAACGGGAUAUAUACAAGUCAGAGAAAGAGAGCAAUAACUCUGAGAAUGAACCGGGCUAACAACUAGUAUGGUAGCAGUGUACAGUAGCAGUGUACAGUAGCGUACGGUGGCCAUGGGUGAUAUUUUUAUGCAAUGAAUA